UGCAUUGUCUCCGCUCGCCCUUCUACCUCCCACACUGCGUAGCAAAGCAUAGCGUGCGCUGUUACAUUACUGAACCAUCCUUAUCAUCAACGCUCGCAAGAACCACAUCGUUGUGUUGAGUGAGCCACUCAACUGCCAUCUCACGGCACAUUCACAACAACAACAACAACAACAACAACAAAGCGGACAACACCAGCGAAGAUGGUGCAGUGGUUGAACAUACCUGGGAUUCGGGCAGCGUGGAGGGCUGCGCGAGAUGCAUCGGUCAUUGCACCGCACUGCGCUGUGACAGACAUUCGCCAGUGCAACUUCGCAGACCUGCGUGCGCGCGGCUAUCGCUAUGUCAUCUUCGACAAGGACAACUGCAUUGCGCUCCCAUACUCCAACACAUUGCACUCCCUCGUCAAGGAUGCGUGGGCAGAGUGCCUCGGAGCCUUUGGCAAGGAGAAUGUGGUCAUCGUGUCCAACUCCGCUGGCUCCUGCGACGACAAGGGGUUUGCAGAAGCUCAGAGCAUCGAGCAAGGGUUCGGUGUACCCGUCCUGCGCCACCCAUCCAGCAAGAAGCCGGAAUGCAUCUCAGACAUCCUUCACCACUUUUCCAUCACACAAGACGACGCUCACCGCUGCGUUGUCAUCGGCGAUCGCUUGCUGACGGACGUGUACAUGGGCAAGCGGCUUGGUGGCCUCACGAUCCACACGCAGCCAUUCACUGAACAGGGCGACGCUACCACCGCCAUCGUGGUGCGUCGGUUUGAGAACUGGCUGCUGCGAACGGUGGCCAAACCUCUGGGCUUCCCACCAGACCCACAAUAG